AUGGACAAGCAUAGCCCUGUCCUGCUCUUUUCGUUGUGCGCUGUCUCGGCAAGAUUCUCGCCGUCAUUGUCAAAGAAUGAGGAAGGCUAUGCGGUCCUGGCAAGGGGGGAGAUCUUGAAAAAUUAUGACAAAAACUGCAUUCAGGUCGUUCAGAGUAUGAUCCAUAUGGGGCUGCAUGAUUUCGGGAGCAAUAACGGAGAUAAAGCUUGGAUGUUUGCUGGUAUGGCGGUCAGAAUGGGCGCUGCUUUGAACUUGAAUCUGGAGAAUGGGAGAGCGAAGGGUACUCAGACAGCUAUAGCUAGGGAGGUAGCGCGGAGGACUUAUUGGUCCUACUACUUGAUGGAUCGGUUAAACAGCUAUGGUGUGGCCCGGCCUUUCCUCACACAAGAUCACGACUGCCAUGUUCAACUUCCUUGUAACCAACCGUCAUUCAAUGAGGGUAAGUCCGUUAUCACUGAACACCUUCUCGGACCAAAUCCCUUUAGUCCCACAUCUGGAACCGCUUAUAUGGGAGCAAUGGCAUUCCUUGUCCGAGCUGUUGGAAUAUGGGGCAAUAUCCUGAAACAGAUCCAUAUGUCAGCGUUUGAGCACAAUCGGGGCAAGGGUACCGAAUUCCGGCAGCUGAUUGAAAGGUUGGAAACCUGGAGAAAGACAUUACCAACUGGUCUUCAGUAUUCAAACGAGAAUCUUGCCGGACAAAUUGAGGUGGGUACUGCUGGAGCCUUUGUCAUGAUGCACGUCAUGUGGCACACUGCUAUGGCAUAUGUGCAUAGGUAUGUCCGGUCAAUGGGAGAUGUGGUGGACCAGCCCGGUGAAGUCGGCCCGGACGAGCAGGUUAUACAAAGCAUCCGAAAGACAUUUGUUCACGCAGAUGCUGUGUUACUUAUAAUGUCGCAUGUCCACAAACGGAAAUUAGAGGCGCAAGCGGGUGAUCGAAGUUUGGUUGUCAAUGCGCCUUUCUUGGGGCAAGCCAUAUCGGACGCCUGCGAGAUCUCCAUGAUAAGAGCAAGGGAGCUAAAGGGGGAGAAUGGUGGGGCUGGGGCCCAAAAGCAGAGGGUAUUCACUGGGCUCGGUUGGCUGAAGGAAUUGAGGAGAUACUGGAAGCCGAUGGAAGGGAUCUACAAGAAGCUACGGAAGUCUUGCAGGGUGUUGGAGGGAAGCCAGUCUCAGCCACCAUCAAACCGCUUGAGGAACGACAUGAUUCCAUCUCCGGACUCGGGCACUGGGAGCCAGGAACUUAACAGUAUCUCGGCAUUUCCAAUGUUCCACUUCCCGAUCGAUACGGGAAUGUACGACCUGCAGCCUAAUUCGGAUGCCAUCAAUCAACCUUUGCAAUCCAUGUCUAACCAACAGGCUUUAACAUUCGCUGGCUUUCCUUGCACUGUUCCCGAGCGUUAUUAUGAAGCCGCAUUUGCAGAUCCUAGCGUGAGCCUGUACACCAUCGCACAGGAGGAAGGUGGAUUUCCUAAUUUAUACCUCCCGCACACCGAAGUGGAUAUGAGAGCCAGCAUGGAUCCAAUUCCAACUACUCUUGCACCAUCCGGCGACUACGAUGUGGGCAUGGCGGGACAUGAUAUGCUUGGUUCAUCUUCUAUGCCCUUGGUAGAUUUACAGGGGGGAUACGAACACGUGGGCGUUCAACCAGAUAUGGUAGUUGAGAACCGCGACCGCAGCCACGAACUCGGCAAUGGUGAGCUUGAGGACGAUGAUGAAGAUACUGAUAACGAGGAAGAUGGAAAAGCCGGGGAAGCUGGGUCACCGGCAUCUAGCAAGAGAAAGAAUGCGCAAAUCCCGAGUAUUUCGACCAUGUAUUUUCAUCCCACAGCUGUCCAGUGUGGGAAUUUGUCGGAUGCCUCAGGUUCUGAGAGUCCUGGUCCCGAAAGCCGCCGGCCUAGCGAGGUGGCACCAGUGAAGCCUGAAACCAAUCGCAUGGAUUUACUCCAUCUCCUGGCAACUUCAGAGGAUGUGACCCAGGAGGUCAGUAGGGCGGUAGCAACUCAAAAGAGGGGUGCAGAUCUCGGCACGGGAAAGGCGGGAAUAAUCGUGCCAGAUGAUGGUACAUUGGUGGGGGAAAUUAAUGUGGAUAAUAGUAACGAGGAUCGUGGUUAAUUCAGGACUAUGAAUAGUUUUGGAGAGACAGGUUGGAGCCCAGGAGUUUUGUGUUUUGUUUUUGUUCCAUUUCCUUUCAUCUACUUUUGUUUCGUCCCCCAUCCGGCAGGUGCGGGAUAUUUUAUCCAGCGUGGCGAUUUGGAGUGUUUCCUUUUUUCAUUUCUUCCUUUUUUAUUUCCUAAAUGGCUAGUGUAUCGCGGGCCUGCUCUCCUCUCUUCAUUACAUCAAGGGUUUGUUUUGUAUUUUCGUCGCAAACUUUCACGGUUGGGUAUGGUUUUUGACGAUCGACUUUUUUGUCUUGGAAUGCCUUACACCGGUAUUGUUCAAAGUUUAUGGGUUUGCAAAGGCCUUAUAAUUUCUUUCUAAGGGGGAGUUUAUUCAUUUUUCCCACUUAUUUUGCUCUUCUCCCUUACCGACUCCUCCUACCUUGUCAAUAGAUACCGUUUUUCUUGCUUUAAUUUACGCUUAAUUGGGGACUUGUUUGGAGGUUGGUGUGGGGGGGGAAUACAUGGUAACGGAUGGAUGGAUGGAUGGAUGGAUGGGUCGACGGAUGAAUGGACGAGAGGGAUAGGGAUCAGGAAAGCAAGCAUAUUUGGCAUUCUUGUGUGUCUUUUCUAUUUUCUUCUAUUAUUUUUCCUUCCCCAGAUUUUCAUCUCCAUUUUUCCACCUUGUUUGGUUUGUGAUUCGACUUGCUAGUCAGCUGGUUGAGCGAUUGGUUGAUGGGUUGAUUCGUACAAGAGAAACCGUGUCUUGCGGCUAGGGUAAUCUAAAGGUUGAUUCUGUUCCUACCUUUUU